AUGGAGGAUAAGAAACUGAUUUCUGCAACAGACGCACAAUAUUCUAGCGUGCUCCUUCAGUCUUUGAAUGAACAACGUGGGCAUGGACUUUUUUGUGAUGUUACUGUCAUUGUGGAGGAUCGGAAAUUUCGAGCUCACAGAAACAUCCUUUCAGCCUCAAGCACGUAUUUUCACCAGCUUUUCUCAGUGGCUGGGCAAGUGGUUGAACUGAGCUUUGUAAGAGCAGAAAUAUUUGCAGAAAUACUUAACUAUAUCUACAGCUCCAAAAUAAUCCGUGUUCGAUCAGAUUUGCUUGAUGAACUGAUUAAAUCGGGGCAACUAUUGGGUGUUAAAUUCAUAGCUGAUCUGGGUGUCCUGCCAUCAGAAGGAAAGACCAUGCUGGGUGAUGCCCAAGACGGCGCUUCAGAAAGCCCAGGUCAAAGGGAUGCUCAGACACAGGUCCCUGCAACACGACAGGAGAGCCGAGAGGCAUCGGGCGGGAUGCCCGUUAUAACAGAAUCAUUCUCCUUACACGGCAUACAGUACGAGACUGCAAAAAUUACAGUGAGUGAUUCAGAUGACGAAGACGACGAUGUCAUCUUUUGCUCCGAGAUUGUUCCCCCAAAGGAAUGUGCUAAAGAUACGAGUGCUGCAACGCAGAGCCAGCCUUGCCCAACCCCGAUUGAAGUUUCUGACCAGAAAUCAUGUGGCAGUGGUGGCGGCUGCUCUCCCCUUCCAGCCAGCACCGCAGCAACUCAAAAACUCACUUCACCUGCCAGCCAACCAGGUCCAAACCAAACACAAUCAAGUGCCGAAUGUCCUGUCACUCCGACCCCCCAGCAUUUGACUCCCAAUAUAAUUUUGCUAAACCAGGCUCCACUUAAUUCUUUACCCAGCAUCAGCUCCUCCAACCAAACAAAUGUGCCCCCUACAAUUAAUCUGCUUGAAGAGAAUCAGCCGCCACCUAAGAAAGAUUGUGUUACUGAAACAGCUGCAGUUGAUGUUGAUGAGGAAGAUGGUGAAGAUGAUGAAGUCAUUAGCUCCUCUAGUCCUGGUUCAGUCAGCAGUAACUCUUUGGUUCAGCCACCUUCUACGCACAAAGCAGCACCCUCUGAAAGUUCGGGUGUACAGAAAAAACAGCUUGUUACAUGUUCACAAGAGCCGUCUUCAAAACCUGGAGAAUUCAAAAUAAAAAUCUCGGAUGUUCUGACUGGAAACAACAAGGAAUUUCAUGCAGGUGUAGCACCAAAACAUGUGGCAGAGGGGCAGAAAAUCAUAACCUUAGAUACAGCGACUGAAAUAGGAGGCUUAUCCACGGGCUGUAAGGUUUAUGCAAAUAUUGGUGAGGAUACCUACGACAUUGUCAUCCCUGUGAAGGACGAUCCCGAGGAAGGGGAGGCCAAACUCGAUGAAACACCUCGAACAUCCGGCGAUGAUUCCCCAAGCAGGAAACGCAUGAAAGUGAAGCACGAUGACCACUACGAGCUCAUAGUGGACGGCAGGGUGUACUACAUUUGUAUUGUAUGUAAAAGGUCAUACGUAUGUCUGACAAGUUUACGGAGACAUUUUAACGUUCACUCCUGGGAGAAGAAGUAUCCGUGUCGAUACUGCGACAAGGUUUUCCCCCUGGCAGAGUACCGUACCAAGCACGAAAUUCACCACACCGGGGAGCGAAGGUACCAGUGCUUGACGUGUGGCAAAUCUUUCAUCAACUAUCAAGUCAUGGCCUCGCACAUACGAUCCGUUCACAGUCAAGACCCUUCUGGAGACACCAAGCUCUACCGGUUGCACCCCUGCAGGUCUCUGCAGAUCAGACAAUACGCGUAUAUCUCCGACCGCUCGAGCAGUAUACCUGUCAUCAACGAGGAUGGAAUUGUUUAUCAUGUUGGCACAGGAAAGGAUGGUGCUGAAGGAACAACGUCGACUCCUCCCGCCAAACAAAUGACCUGGGAUGACAUUUUCAUCCCUCAAGGAAAUGAAGCAAUUUUUAAACAAAAUCCAUCAGAGGGAAGUACUGAGUUUGAGUUUGUAAUACCAGAGUCUUACUGAAAUGCAUUAAAUGCUGGGUGGGGAGGGGGGAAAGCUUCAGUACAGAAAAAUUGCAGCUGUUUUCAAUGAACUGCUAAAAUCAUUGUAAAGCAUAUUGUUAAAGUGAAAAUAAGUUAACUUGUUCUGCCAAGCCAUCAAAUGGUAAUACUUGGAUGGAUUAGCUCCAAGUAAUUUGUAGAAGAGAUUCAUCUGAAAGUUUACUUGAAUAAGAGURAGACGUUUCCAAGGAACCGGCAGUGUUUUCUAGUACAUUAAUUUUGAUCAAAACAUGGGGCUUUGUAGCUUGAAAAGGUACAGUUUCUUCUAAAGAACUAGGGRAAAAAAAAGGCUUCUAAAGUAAUUGAGGUAUUUCCUCUACCCACAUUUAUUAUAUAAACCCUUUCUUUCAUGUUAGCACUUUAAUGUUUAAUUGUGUUUAGACAUUAACCAAGACAAUAAGACUUUUCACCAUAGUCUCUCGAAUAUGGAACCAUUUUAAAGAAAUCCCACAUCUCGUGUCAUUUCUGUGAACAAUGCUUUACUGCAAGGGUCCAAAAUAAUUGAUCCAAUAGUUUGGAGUAGURUAUUUUUGAACUAGCAUCUUAGUUCUGCUUUUAUAAUCAAUCUGAAUGAGUAAGUUAUCAUCAUAACAGAUAUUCUUGCAAACAAGAAAUACUCUGUUUGGGCUAACUUGAACAAACCUUAUUUAUAUUUGGCAGUAUGGUGAGUGGAGAAUAUUCAGUGGCUGGGCCAUUAUAUUUUAUUCUUUUUGCAAAGGGGAAAAAAAMCUAAGCUUAAUUGUGAAGAAGUUUAGAACAUUUAGGAAGGAGAUAUUUUGCAUUUUUAAAUUUUGGGGAAUAAUGUUUAGUUUUAUUACUGCUGGAAAAUAUAACUGUAACUUGGCAUAAAUUGCUAUUCUUUUUUUCUCUCUUUAUGGAGAAAUGCUUCAAUCUGGUAUUUGAAAAAAAGCAAACAUGUUUUUUCUAGAUGAAGGCAUUGAAACUUAAUUCUGGCAGUGCUGUAUCAGUUCAGCACUGAGGCUGCUCUGGAUCYUGGUGUGAAUAUUUAGCUAGAUUGUUACGUGAAUCAAGAAAUUGGAUUUUUCUUCCCCCAUUUAAAGGGGGUGCAAUCAUGGAGACUAAACCAACAAUCAAAGAUUAACCCYCCCUCCCCCAAUAUAUGGUUUAAUUUCUAUACAGUUUCCAUAACAGAGACAUCUAUUUCAGUUUAUUAUAWUGCCCCUUUUUUUCUUAUUGCAAGUGGUACAUGUUUAGACACUUAGAAAAUAGUCAGUAGAAGUCCAACUUGAACAAGAAAUAGUGAAUAUGAGAAAAAAACCAACAGCUGUUCACUGGAGUCAUAGUUUAGCGUUCCAGAUUUAGUGACUUGUUGCAUUUUUGUAAAUGGCAAUAUGAAAGUUGCACAGCAGCUUUAGAGAUGACUGAGAGAGAUUAUUGUGCAUAGUACUAGUUAGUUAAUGGUAACCUUUCCUUAAACUGCAGUUAGGGGUUUUUCUCCUCUUUUAACCUCUUAAGUAAACAUCUUAUGCUAUAGCCUUCACUCUUGAGGUUUYAGACAUCCAGUAUUCUUGACAGAAGGUUAUUUAAGUGGUAAAUUAUUCAAAUGUAGCUCGAGCUAUUAAAAAAGGGUACCAGAGAUCAGUAUUUGUAAUGAAGGGAGAAAGAGGAGAACUGGUUUACCUUCUAUAUGUAAUACUCAGCACUUCUUUUUUCAAUUUUUUUUUUCGUUUGUUUGUUUGGUAGGCAAAGAAUAUGAUAGACAUGGUUAUUUUCGGGUCACGCUGCAAACUGCUCUGAACAUAGAGGGGUUUUGGUGGCAGGUUGGCUGGUGGCCGAGCUGGGCCUGG